UGUUCAUAAUUCUGAAACUGUUGUCACUUAGUGUUAACGCCUCUCUCCCUUCUCCCUUCUCCCUUCCCUCUCCUUCUCCUCAUCAUCUCCUAUUCUUCUCAAAUCUAACCCCUUUUCUUCUUCUUUUUACUCUCUAUUUAUACAUUCCUCUAUACGUUUUCAUAUUUAAUUGCUAUAUUGAUAUAAUACUUAGUAGUAGUGAACAACUUCAUGCAUGUUCAUAUUAUGCAACACUUCCACCAUUCCAUUUCUCUUGAAUUGGAAUUCCCCAUCAGUAGACAGUAAUUGGAGGUCUGGGAAUCCGCUUCAGCUGUAUAGAAGCAGAUGCACUUUGAAGAUUGGCAAUGAUUGUUGGAACUUCUGCUUGAUCUCGAUUCAGAUUACUACAUUUCUAGUGAACAUUUCAAAAUUCAUCUAUUCAUACUUCUAAGUGGAGUAGACUUCUGAUACCUGUUACAGAGAGCCAAAAGUUGGAGAGAAAAUCUGUGAAAAUGAUAAACAGAUCAUUACUCUUAACAUAUCUUUACCUUCUAAUCUACAUCACACUUUCAUCUGGUGUUAUUUUAUACAACAAGGUAAUGCGCUUCAAUUAUCUUUGUAAAUAUAAUUUCUUUUCGCCUUGAAUGUAUCAUACGAAGUGAUAAUGUACCAGGUUUACAUUGUCUCAGACUUAACUUUUGCAUCUUGUUGACUAUUUUUCCAUUGAGUGUGUACAAAAUUUAGAAUGUUAUUCUGCUGUAUAACUGUUAUUUUAUUUUUCAUUCUUUGUGGUCAUGGAGAAUGUUUUAUCAACGCGAACGGUGUGGCAUCAUAAAAUGUGGGUUCUUUCUCCAAAAUACUUCAACUUUCCAUUUCCUAUAACACUUACAAUGAUACAUAUGGGAUUUUCUGGUGCAGUAGCAUUUUUCCUUAUUCGUGUUUUCAAGGUUGUGACUCCAGUUAAAAUGACUUUUCGCGUAUAUGCGACCUGUGUUAUCCCCAUAAGUGCCUUCUUUGCGUCUAGUCUUUGGUUUGGUAAUACUGCUUACUUGCAUAUAUCUGUGGCAUUCAUUCAGAUGCUCAAAGCCCUUAUGCCAGUAGCAACAUUUGUUGUGGCAGUUUUAUGGGGUACGGAUAAACUAAGGUGGGACGUUUUCUUGAACAUGGUGCUGGUCAGCGUUGGAGUUGUCAUUUCUUCCUACGGGGAAAUCCAUUUUAAUGUGAUUGGCACAGUAUACCAAGUUACUGGCAUGUUUGCAGAAGCUUUGAGACUGGUCUUGACUCAAGUCCUUUUGCAGAAGAAGGGAUUAACUCUAAAUCCCAUCACAAGCUUAUACUAUAUUGCUCCAUGCAGUUUCGUAUUUUUGUUUGUCCCUUGGUACUUUCUGGAGAAGCCUGGGAUGGAAGUCUCUCAAAUUCAGUUUAACUUCUGGAUCUUCUUCUCCAACGCCAUUUGUGCACUGUUGUUGAACUUCUCAAUUUUCUUAGUGAUUGGUAGAACUGGAGCAGUGACUGUUCGUGUAGCUGGUGUUCUUAAAGAUUGGAUAUUGAUAGCCCUUUCAACAGUGGUUUUUCCAGAAUCUACAAUUACUGGACUCAACAUUAUUGGCUAUGCCAUUGCUCUCUGUGGGGUAGUCUUGUACAAUUAUUUGAAGGUCAAAGAAGUUCGUGCAUUGCAGACUCCUGAAAGUAUUCCUGACAGGAUUACAAAGGACUGGAAAUUGGAAAAGAAGUCAUCUGAUUUAUACACACCUGACAGCAGCAAUGAUGACGAUGGAAGUGGUAGCAAGGCCUCUAAUUCUGAUUUUAUAAUGGAUGAGGAGGCACCCCUCAUUCCUUCGUCUAGGCUGUCUCAUAUUGGCCGGACACAGCAAAGUACUCGCAAUGCAUGAAAUGAUAACCUUCAACAAGUCAAGGAUGAGAAUCCUAGCAUAUGUUUCUCCAUUCUAAGGCAGUCUUUUGUUUUGUUGUUAUUACUUUCGUUUUAAUUUUGUAUUGGUUGCCUGACUAGUAUAUUUCGUGUUGGAAGGUGUGCAUGAGUUUUAUCCCACAUGCAUAAUUCGAACUCGUCCAUGGUCUUCAAAAACAUGUAAAUACAAGUAGGCUUGUUUCUCCAUUCUAUUUAGCAGCUAUAUGACUUUCAUGUUUUCUAA